GUCACAGGCAUAGUCACGCACGGAGAGAUGGAUGUGAAUCUGUCCAUAGAUGACCAGGAGAUUUGGAAGCAGAGAAGGGAGAGAUUGGAAGCGUUAGUCGGGGCUGAUCCGAGCCGGCGACAGCACAAUACUGCACAACCCGACAAGGUUGUGGAUCCCCAGCUAUUGUCGGUUGCAAAGGAAGGGGACGUCGACAAGUUCAUCAAAGCCCUGGAGGAUCAUUGUGCCAAGGAUAGAGUGUCGUUGCCCGUCCUUCUCGGGCUACGCAGCCCCUCCAAGAAUACACUGCUUCACGCUGUGGCAGAGAGUGAUGAUAACGUCAAAGCGGUCAUUGAUUUCGUCCCUGAGUUGAUCACCUGUAAGAACUCCAGAGGAGAGAUGCCGCUGCACAUUGCGGCCAGAGCUGGGAAAACUGUUGCGGUGGAGCUUCUCCUUCUCCAAGGGAUGUCGAGAGACACUGACUGCUGCGGCAACUCUGCUCUGCAUGAGGCCGUGAGGAAUCACCAUUGCAAGGUGAUCGAUCAGCUGGUGAGUAAAGACCCCGAUCUGCUGUAUUAUCAGAACAACGAUAGCAAGUCUCCAUUGUGCGUAGCAGUUGAAACAGGGGACUUGGAGGUUCUCACGCACUUGUUGGAUGCGCCAAACAAUGGCGAGGACCAGAGGAGAUCAGAGAGUGAAAGGAUCUUCCGCAUGUCACCCGUUCAUGUCGCCAUUAUACGCAAGGAAAAGGAUAUGCUGAUCAAGAUGUGGGAAAAAAAGCCGUGGCUAUUUCAAUUGAGAGAUGCGGGAGACGGCACUCCACUCCACUUAGCAGCAUACAAGAAUUACCUCGAUGGAGUCAAGUUCUUGAUUGAGAAGUUCCCAACAAGCACCCUGGAGCAAGACAGCACUGGCUAUCUCCCUAUACAUGUCGCCUGCAUGAUGGAUCGCGUCAUGAUAGUCAAAGAGCUACUUCAGCAGUGGCGAGACCCCGCAGAGUUUCCAGCUAAGCAGGGACAAAACAUUCUUCACGUGUCCGCGAGAUACGGAAGCACCGCAACUGUCGAAUACAUACUGAAAAGUCCCAAAUUUGGUCACCUCAUAAAUGCAAGAGAUUUUGAGGGGAAUACACCUCUGCAUCUGGCUGCGUUGCACUACCAACCUUCGGUCGUGCUUCUUGCACGAGACACAAGAGUUGAUAAAAAGCUGGUCAAUAACGAUCACAUGACGGCUCUUGACGUGGUAGAACAGGACAUUCAAGUAAGAUUUCCUUCGUAUGGGCGGGGGUUGACGUGGAUGACUCUAACAAUUGCCAAAACACCGACAAGCCCAGAAUUAGCUAUUUGCAAUCCAACCGGUCGGAGCCUACGGAAACGACUUGAACGGCGGAUGGACUGGGAGGGACAUAGGGACCAAGUGGAUUCUCGUGCGGUCGUGUUGGCGCUCGUGGCCUCUGUCACUUUCACUUCUGGUUUUUCCGUUCCCGGAGGAUAUCAUGGUUCUGAAGGAGAUGCUGGAAUCCCCAUAUUGCUCCACAAAGCCAUGUUUAAUGUCUUUGUGAUUAGCAACUCCGUGGCCAUGUAUAGCUCCAUCACGGCACUUGGGAUCCUCUUCUGGUCCUAUGUUCGUGAUCCUUACGUGGGGCCGGGUGCCCUUUUGCUAUCAAAUACCCCAUUGUGGGUAACUGCUGCCGCAACGCCUCUGGCAUUCAUGGCGGGCGUCUACGUGACCGUAUCCAAACUCCAUUGGCUUUCUAUUUUUACCUUGGUCUUGGGAUCCGUCGUCCUCUCCAUUCUCUUGACUGUCUUCAUGUUGAUUCAUAUACCGGUUGCGUGCAGAAAUCCUUUCAUUCGUCGCUUCACUGACAAACUGCUUCUUUGGGGUCUUCAAAAAACAGGGGGAGACACUGCAGUUACAUUUAUCCGGGGCACUCGUGAUGAUAAACCUUAGCGUAUAGGUUCUAGAAAGAUGACAUCUGAUCCAACAAUCCAUUAAUCUCUCACUAAUGACGUACCGAUGUCCGUACCUUUAUCACCCUCUUAGUUACAUUAGCUGCUGCUGUUUCGAUUUGCCUAGCCCGC